CUCUUACAGACAGUGCGGCGGCCCAGGCGUCGCGUCUACGCGGGGGAUUACAGUAACCCGGUUGUCAGUGAUGAGUCAGAGUGCGUGGUGCUGAUGCUGCUGCCAUUUCAUCACCUUUGCAAGCGCAGCAUCCAUCCCUCCGCUAUCCGGGCGCCUGGGCCUACCCAGCUUCGGGUUCCCAGGUCAGCGAUGCGCUCGCGGCUGAGCUAGAUCCUGCCGAGCCGCGCUCUCUGAGGCGUCGGCGGGGCGCCCCCUCCCGCCGUCCCCGGUCCGAGCCAAGGAGACCUGCAGAGCCGCGGCCAUGGAGGCCAUCUGGCUGUACCAGUUCCGGCUCAUUGUCAUCGGGGAUUCCACAGUGGGCAAGUCCUGCCUGAUCCGCCGCUUCACCGAGGGUCGCUUUGCCCAGGUUUCUGACCCCACCGUGGGGGUGGAUUUUUUCUCCCGCUUGGUGGAGAUCGAGCCGGGAAAACGCAUCAAGCUCCAGAUCUGGGAUACCGCGGGUCAAGAGAGGUUCAGAUCCAUCACUCGCGCCUACUACAGGAACUCAGUAGGUGGUCUUCUCUUAUUUGACAUUACCAACCGCAGGUCCUUCCAGAAUGUCCAUGAGUGGUUAGAAGAGACCAAAGUACACGUUCAGCCCUACCAAAUUGUAUUUGUUCUGGUGGGUCACAAGUGUGACCUGGAUACACAGAGGCAAGUGACUCGCCACGAGGCCGAGAAACUGGCUGCUGCAUACGGCAUGAAGUACAUUGAAACGUCAGCCCGAGAUGCCAUUAAUGUGGAGAAAGCCUUCACAGACCUGACAAGAGACAUAUAUGAGCUGGUUAAAAGGGGGGAGAUUACAAUCCAGGAGGGCUGGGAAGGGGUGAAGAGUGGAUUUGUACCAAAUGUGGUUCACUCUUCAGAAGAGGUUGUCAAAUCAGAGAGGAGAUGUUUGUGCUAGUCAGCUCUUGUAUUUCCAAAACAUGCUCUCCUACUUGAACUGAAAAGUAAGAGAAAUAAAUAGAACCUUUGUGUAA